AACUGUUUUAUUUUUAGGCUGGCAAAAACUGGAUGUUUAAUAAUGCCAAAAGUCCUCAACACUGUGAAUUGAUGGCAGGACAUCUUCGCGGACGAAUCACAGCAGAAGGAGCUCAUUUUGAACUGAGACUACAUUUAAUUUACUUGAUAAAUGAUGUACUUCACCAUUGCCAGCGGAAAAAUGCCAGAGAUCUUCUAGCUUCCUUACAGAAGGUAGUGGUGCCUAUUUACUGUACCAGCUUUCUUGCAGUUGAGGAGGAUAAGCAGCAGAAAAUUGCAAGGUUGUUGCAGCUUUGGGAGAAGAAUGGCUAUUUUGAUGAGUCUAUCAUUCAGCAGCUUCAGAGCCCUGCCCUUGGCCUUGGACAGCAUCAGGCCUCUCUGCUUACAGAGUAUGCCACAGUAGUGCAGCCUAUUCAGGCAGCAUUCCAGCAGCAAAUCCAGAGUAUGAAAACACAGCAUGAAGAGCUUGUGGAAAACUGGAAGCAGCAACUACAGCAGGAGCAGGAACAGCAGCAACAGUUGCUACUGCAACAACAGCAGGAGAUGCAACUACUGCAGCAGCAGCAAGAGCAGCAACUUCAGCAGGAACAGCAACAGAUGCAGCAACAGCAGCAGGCAUCACAGAUACCACUUCUUGAGAGUGAACCAAGACCAGCAUCUCCUGUUUCUGGCCCUGCCCAGAGUGCACAAGGGUCAUCAUCUGUCUCACAGUCAGGUAAAUGGAGUGAUCCGGAAAUGACUCAUUUCAACCAUGACUUAGGUCAAAGAAAAGAAAAAGAUGAAGGCAAACCUAUUCCAACUACAUCUGAUUAUGAUAUGCCACAGAAUGACCCUGGUGCAGGUGGAACUCGAGGACCUGGUCCUGGACCUGGACCUGGGCAUCAUGAGCAAAUACCUCAAAGUAAACCUCCAUGGUUUGAACAGCCUCAACCUCAGCCUCAACCUCAGUCUCAUCCUAUUGCACCUUGGGGUCAGCAGCAGCCAUAUGAUCAGCCUCCUUAUCCUCCUCAUCAGGGACCCCCUCAUGGACCCCCAUGGAACAGUGGACCGGAAGGAAUGUGGAAUGAGCAGAGAGAGCCAGGGUGGAACAAUCAACGGGAUGCUCCCUGGAACAAUCAGCCUGAUCCUGCCUGGAAUAACUUUGAAGCUCCAUGGAAUAACCAGCAUGAGCAGCCUCCAUGGGGUGGCCAGAGAGAGCCACCAUUUCGAAUGCAGAGGCCGCCUCAUUUCAGAGGUCCUUUUCCACCACAUCAACAGCAUCCCCAGUUUAAUCAGCCCCAUCACCCUCAAAAUUUUAACCGCUUUCCUCCACGGUUUAUGCAGGAAGAGUUCCCACCACGUCAUCAUUUUGAAAGACCACCAUAUCCACAUCGUUUUGAUUUCCCCCAAGGAGAGUUCCCUCCAGACAUGGGACCACCACAUCAUCACCCUGGACAUCGAAUGCCUGUUCCUAAUAUGGGGGAACACCCUCCUUGGGGAGGCCCACAGCACCCAGAGUUUGGCCCUCCGCCUCAUGGUUUUAAUGGACAGCCUCCACAUAUGCGAAGGCAAGGGCCUCCUCAUAUAAACCAUGAUGACCCAAGUUUGGUGCCAAAUGUUCCAUACUUUGAUUUGCCUGCUGGACUGAUGGCCCCCCUUGUGAAGCUUGAAGACCACGAGUACAAGCCGUUGGAUCCUAAAGAUAUUCGUCUUCCACCCCCUAUGCCCCCCAGUGAAAGGCUACUUGCUGCAGUUGAGGCGUUUUAUAGCCCACCUUCACACGAUAGACCUAGAAACAGUGAAGGAUGGGAGCAGAAUGGACUGUACGAGUUCUUCAGAGCAAAAAUGAGAGCCAGAAGAAAAGAAAAGGAAAAGCGAAACAGCAGUGGUCAUUCCAGGUCUCCCAGCCCAGCUGGAAGCAGAGGACGUUCAUCUUCUCGUUCCCGCUCACGUUCCUCAAGAUCAUCUCGAUCAUAUUCCAGGUCUCGAUCUAGAUCCCGCUCCCGUUCUCGUUCUCGAUCCAGAACCUAUUCACGUUCACGAUCCAGAAGUCGGAGUAGAUCUCGUUCUUCUCGAAGCCGGUCACGUUCUAGGUCACGUUCUCGUUCUCGAUCAUAUUCCUCUGAUAGAAGGCAACGAUCAAAGUCCAGAAGUCCCACACCACCUUCAACCAGUGGCUUAGGUACAGGAGGUGCCACUGCCAUUCCCGAUCUGAGACUAGGAGAAGAGAACAAAGGGCAUCAGAUGCUGAUGAAAAUGGUGAAGCGAGAACCGACAGACCCUCCAGUCCAAGAGUGAUAUACGCCCGAUCCUGAAGUCCAUACAUUUUAUUUUAGUGCUGAAUUUUAUUAGAAAAAGAAAACAUUUUUGCAGACCAUUUUAGGUUGUUUUAUAAAACUGGCAGCAGAAAGGUUCAACAGUCAUUUACCAUCUUGCUUAGGUAAUGAUUGAUGCCAUUUCUGCUAAUUUGAGAGGUAAUUUGUUUUACCUAAUAAAUAUUGUAUUAUAUCUGUUGAUUAAGUUAA